UCUAAUAUCAUAUUUAAUGUUAAAUAGAAAAGAAGACAGCGAUGUUUGUUUAACAUUAAAUAGAUAUAUAUGUAAAUAUAAAGUAUACGCUUAAACUAUAAUUUAUCGCAAUUUCCCACUUUUCAACAAUAUCUUUCAUCAAAAAGUUAUUUAAUAUAUUUGGUAACUUGUACAAUUAAUUGUGAUGGAACAGUAUUUAAAAUCUAUUAAAGUUGGAUUUAUUGGAGGCGGAAAUAUGGCUAGUGCUAUAGGCGCUGGUUUGAUUCACAAAGGUGUAUUGAAUCCAGAUAAUGUUUGGGUUUCCGGCCGUACGGACAGAACGCAUAGCUUUUGGAAGGAUUUAGGUGCACAUCCAACGUUGAAGAAUAAUGAAGUUGCAAACAACUGUGACAUCAUAUUUUUAACAGUGAAGCCACAUAUGCUAGACGAUGCGCUUAAUACUUUUGUGGAAAAAAAGGCUGAAAAGUUUAAAAACAAGCUAUUUAUUUCAGUGCUUGCUGGAGUAUCUCUUGAAGUUUUACAUACUAAACUCUCAGCUAUUGUAAUAUCACCAAGAAUAAUUAGAUCUAUGCCAAAUACACCUAUGAUGGUUGGAGAAGGAAUUACAGUUUAUUGCAGCUUAAACACUGAGCAAAAAGAUCUAGACCUAGUAAAUACAUUAUUUUCCUAUAUUGGUAUGAGCCAAAGUGUUCCAGAAAAUAUUAUAAAUGCCAUUAGUGGUGUAUCAGGUUCUGGUCCAGCAUUUGCAUAUCUUAUCAUAGAAGCAUUGGCAGAUGGAGGUGUGAAGAUGGGUGUGCCAAGGCCAAUGGCAACUAAAUUUGCAGCGCAAGUACUGAUAGGUGCUGGCAAAAUGGUACUCGAGACUGGACGACAUCCUGGUCAGUUAAAGGACGAAGUCUGUUCACCUGGAGGUACUUCCAUCACUGGUGUUCAUGCUAUGGAAGCAGGAGGAGUCAGGGGAUCUGUGAUGAAUGCUGUUGAAGCUGCUGUAAAUAAAUCAAAUGAAUUUACUUCUCAAUUUACUUCUCUUAAAUAGUGACUUUUAAUAGUUAAUAUUUUGGGGUAUUUUAAGAAAAUCAGUAUAGCUCAUUGCGAAAAAUAUAUACAAUAUAUCCUAUAAACUACUCUACAAUUUAGUAAUAAAUUUAUCUUGUAAAAGAUUUCUGGUAAUCUAUAUUAAUCUGGAUGUUUAUAAUAAUAAAAUAAUAAUGGUAUACUUAUACAUAUAUAUGUA